GACGUCACUUAUCGUUCACCUGCUGCUCGCGGCUGCCCUCGUCGCCGCCGCCGCCGCCUCGUGGUGUCAGAGGGCCAACUGGUGGCGUAGCUUCGAUCGCGCCGGCCUGUCCCGGUGUCCCGGUGACCGGAUGUACGUCACGGGGUUCUAUCGCAACGCCCGCAAGUCGUGGAGUCACGACCCCAUACAGCUGCUGGAGGAGGCGGAAUGCUGCAGUCCGCCCGCGCCCUGGGUCAACUCCAAGACGCAGACGCACACGGCCAACUGGUGGCUCAGGUUCGACUGGGGCAACACGUGGGUCGACUGCCCUCCGGGCUACUUCGUGCAGGGGCUCUUCAGAUCGGAGUACACACCGGGGAAACUGCACAACAUCGAGGAAGCCAGAUGCUCGAAGCCGGCCGACCAUCCCAACUACUACGGCCAUUGUUACAACGCUGACGUUUUGCUCCCAUUCGACAACAAAGGACUCAGCAAGUGCCAGUCGGGAUACUACGUCACAGGGCUGUACCGCAGCAGUUGCGACGAGCUGUAUUGCAUCGAGAGUUUGCGCUGUUGCAGCAUGGCGUCACGGAGGGAAGUUCUUGACGACCUCGCCAAGGCGAAGACGCGCGUCAUGGACACAACGAUGGCCGACAUCGCGCGCCUGGGGUAUUACCUCGGCUACGGCUGCAAGGUUCAGUUUAUUGGCGAGGAUUUUUCCAGGCACGGGGACACGUGGAGCCAAAUUGUGGACGAGAAUGCGCCCUGUGACAACCGUGGAAGCAACUGGGCGCCGAGUGUUAAAUACGGACGUUACGGCUACGCCAUCUUGCACGCCAAGUUCGGCUCUGGGUAUAGAGCCUAUACUUCCAGCCCCCCGUUGAGCAUAAACUAUGCCCACUGGGGAUUUAGACUGAAGGGCAUCAAGUACGAGACCCCAGCGGUUACACAACUUCCCCCCGAGGUCAUAGAAUCGGGAACGGUUUAUAACAAUUUCAACAAAGCCUUCACGAAGAGACUGUCGCGGUGCGUCACCAGCACGAGGAGCGUGACCCAUGUCCAGCUCAAUCCUUGGAAAAACUACCGCGAGCUAAACCUGCAGAUCCCCUACAGGCCGACCCCCGAUUUGCCGUCGUACGGGUUCAACUACGUCACCUCCAGCAGUACAACUGACCGAUCCCAGAACACGCAGGACCACACAUUCACGAAGACAUUCUACAAAACCAUCGCCCCCCAUUCGGCAGCGAGGUGGAACCUCCUUCUGUCCAAGACCCGACGGAGCGUCGCCUACACGGCCACGAUCGAAAUAAGGUUCUCGGCGGAGCUCCAAGGGUUCUUACGAUGGGGCGAGGGAAGCCGUCUUACGAAUUACCACAGUCAGUACCACGGCAGUAGAUCGCGACCAAUAUGCAACUAUCGCUUCGGAAAUCAAAACACCGGCUUCCGCCAAGCCCUCAGGAGUCAGAGCAGUGUGGACGCGCCGCCUUGGCUGUGGAACGAUCUGCGACACGCGUACAAGUCGGCGCAGGGCCUGAUCAACGACCUCACCGACGGUCGUCGGUACGUGUUUAAGCUCUCGGGCCGAUUCGAUGAUGUCAUCGGAACGAAGGUCGACGUCGCCUGGCACAACGUGCCGCGGUGGAAAAGGUCAGAGCAGAGCCUAGAGGAAAGGGAUGCCGGGGAUGAUGAGGCUGUUAAAAAUAUCUAUCACGUAGCAAGAGAUUUAUCCUUCGACCUGGGGGCUGCCAUGCAAAAUUUGCAAAAUCAAGACAGAUCUUUGGACAGUCCAGAGUUGCAAAUACAAGACAGAUCUUUGGGCAGUCAGGAGUUGCAAAUCCAAGACAGAUCCUUGGACAGUCAAGAGUUGCAAAAUCAAGACAGAUCUUUGAACAGUCAAGAUUUGCAAAAUCAAGACAGAUCUUUGGACAGUCAAGAUUUGCAAAAUCAAGACAGAUCUUUGAACAGUCAAGAUUUGCAAAAUCAAGACAGAUCUUUGGA